UCGGAGUGGAUGCUGACAAAGAUAUUUUGCUCGUUACUCGGACCCAGCGACAUUCACCGAGCAGUUUCGGCUGAAGGUUGGAUGUAUAUACUGGCAGCAAUCGCUGCGGUCUCACCAGCUCAAUGUGGUUAAAGAAACAAAUUUCAUCUAACAUGCCGUGAUAACGCUGCGGCGCUCCGAGUCAACGCUCAACGCUUCAACGUUCAACGUCUAAAGUACAUUCUUUUUCUUCAAGUUGAGGACAUCAUGGGGUUUCCUGGUCAAAUAGAACAGAACCAUCCAGCUCGCUGGUUUCCUUCUACCUCUCGCUCUUCCAACUUGUCCUUCAAUUCUGAAACGUGUGGACUGUUUCCAAUUGUUCGACGUUCAACAUUCACCGGUAGCUGACGCCCAAGUUCCAAGUCGUUCGUAUAUGUGCUGUGCUCAUAACAGUCCUCCCUUUACCGAUACCGACCACAAUUGUGUUCCGCGACCCAGGCUGAGAUAACGGAAGACCUAGAUGCCUAGGGAAUAUAAGGUUAAAGGAGGUACGUGGUCCUUGAUUCUCGUAAUCGUUAGGUGCUAUAGGAUGCGGUAUGUACGGAUGUCCGCCAGGGCAAGAUGCGGGAUGUUCUUUUGGACCCUGAAUUUAAGGGAUGGUUCAAGCAGAUCGUUUUUGCGGUCCUGAGCUCUCCCAACUGCGGACGUUAUAAUUUUGAGGCUUUUCGGGACAUCUUUCAGGGAGUUCGUGUUUGAAAUACCACGAGACGAAAUGGGCGUUGUGUCACUAUAACUUACCUAUGCUUCUGUCAUGGCACAGCUUCGUGGCAGUGAAAAUUCCCCUGGAUGCUCUGCUGAUGACUGCAUGGUGUUGUCCUUCAGAUGCGAUACCUCAGACUAGGCCAUUUGCAACCUAUAUCAAUUCAAAUAAUUCGAGCUCACAGGCUGUGUUCCAGUGAUCAAAAAUUCGGAGGCGUGUGUCAGAAAUAGAUAGGCACGUCUGUCAAGAGCACUACUGCUUGAAGUAUGAAUUGUGGCCGCCCAGAGUUCAUAUAAACGAGAAUGAGACGAUAGUUUUGUCCAUUUGCGCAUUACACAAUGGCCCCCAUGACGUAUAGUUGCGAUCUCUGCUCUCAGAGUAUUCUUUCUGACAGUCCCCGAGUACACUGUCUGAUAUGCACCGAGUACGACCUCUGCGCAAACUGUACACUUGGAGAACGUUUCUCGAAGGGACACUCUCUGGAGCAUGCCAUGACUGUCUUCAAGAAAAGCGGAGGAAAUGGAGAGAGACCUUCGGUAGCGGAAAGGGUAUCGCUGAACUUCGGAAGCAUCAUGACGGUAUCGUCGCCGACGACUGCGGUCCAUCCCAUCCCACCACACUUACCUCAACGUCGAACUGCAGGUGGGCAACCACCACCACUUCCCCCCAGACAAGGAAGUUCCUCAUCCAGAAAUUCGUUACACUCUGCAAUUGGCAGCCCACAAUCGUCCCAGUUCUCUCCCCACUCUCCACCACCCUCACCACAUCCCCAUUCGACGCAUUCAUAUACUAUGCCGACUCCCCCUCCUCAACCUCGACCUUCUCCUGUCCGUGGAGAAACAACGCCGCGUUCUUUUGAACAGGCUGCUAGUUCCUGGGGCCCUUUUUUCAACACUGACAUGAGUCCAUCCACACUCUUCAGCGAACUAUUGGAUGCGAUGUUUUCGUACCUAGAUCCAAAAAAUACGGGAUAUCUUACUCCAGAAACAUACUCCAAGUUCCUCGAUGACCAAGGAUACAUGCUUCAUGAAAAUGCCUGGAAAUCAGCACUCAAACCUCAACCUGUACUCGGAAUCCCGCAAGAAUAUCUUGCCGACAAAACGCUCAAGGAUGCGUAUGACCUCUUCUCCAUUGACCAUGUCACCCAGGAACGCCCCAAGAACACCAUAACGCCCUGCGGCUCCAACCCUUUCACUACUCAGUUUAGAAAGCUCGGAAUCAACUAUGAACCAUCCCCACCUCCAUCAGCUGCCUUGAUCAGUUCUAAUGGGAUUAUGCCACUUUUGACGCGGAAAGGAUUCUUAGAUAUCACUUGUGUGGAGGUAUUACAUGAUCCUUCGAAACAUUGGGGGAAUUUAAACAGGGUACUGAAGCGGUACGUUAAUGCGCCUCAGGCAGGACCGAUGAGUGAAUAUCGACGAUGGGGUGAUCUACCGAGGACGGUUCUACCUGAAAUGCCGGAUCCGGCCAUGGUGGAGAGAGUGAAGAGAAUUACAGAGGUUUCGAAGAGGAAAGCGCAGGAACAAACGACUGCGGCGUACACUAUGGAAUCGUUGGCGGCUCAGGGAAGGCAGAAUGGGUUGGAUCUGAUUGAUAAUCGGUAUGUGUAUCGAUAUUACUGAGUUGAACGACACGAAAAAAGCAGAUUUUGGGUCUGUUCGCCUGCCUGUGUUUGUCUGUCGCGAGAUGUGGAGGGAUCGAAAGGAAAGAGUACCCGAGAGUAAACCCUUUCCCUUUACCGAUUUGUCUGCUUUAGUAUCUGGUAUUCUG